GUGCCAUACACCUGAUUGCCAUGGGGAUACUCCUGGCCUUACAGGCUAUAGAUGGCACGCAGCAGAGGGAGGAGGUACAUAUGGGGAGAAUCCAGGCUUCUCAAGAGCUAAUUCAGCUUUAAAACCAGAAAAAGUUAAACUUGCUGCUUGCGGGAGAAACCACACUUUAGUUUACACAGAACGAGGACAUGUAUAUGCUGCUGGAGGUAACAGUGAAGGGCAGCUGGGAUUAGGUGACACAGAGGAAAGAAGCACGUUUCAUCUAAUUAGUUUUUUUACCAACCAGUACAAGAUCAAACAACUGGCAGCUGGAUCUUACACAUCAGCAGCACUAACCGAGGAUGGACAGCUUUUCAUGUGGGGUGACAAUUCUGAAGGUCAGAUUGGCCUGGCUGGUGAAGCCAGUGUGUGUGUACCUUGUCAAGUGGAUGUUGGAAAGCCUGUUUCCUGGGCCUCCUGUGGAUAUUACCAUUCUGCUUUGGUAACAAGAGAUGGUGAACUCUACACUUUUGGAGAGCCUGAGAAUGGGAAGCUAGGUUUGUCGCCUGAACAACUGAAAAACAAUAGGGUUCCACAGCUUGUUCCUGGAAUUUUGGAAAGGGUUAAUAAGGUAGCUUGUGGUGGAGGACAUACAGUGGCACUUACAGAAACUGAUGUAUAUACCUUUGGCCUUGGACAAUAUGGGCAACUUGGACAUGGUACAUUUAUUUUUGAAACCUCGGUACCAAAGGCAGUGGAGCAUCUGAAGAGGCAUAAAAUAUGUAACAUUGCAUGUGGGGAAAAUCAUACAGCUGUAAUAGCAGACAAUGGCCUUAUGUUUACUUUUGGAGAUGGACGACAUGGCAAGUUAGGACUUGGCGAAGAGAAUUUUACUAAUCAAUUCGUACCCACCUUAUGUUCUAAUUUCUUGAAGUUUGCAGUCUAUUUGGUUGCUUGUGGUGGCUGUCACAUGCUAGUUUUUGCCACUCCAAGGCCUAAAGGGUCUGAAGAAAUACAUGAAGAUUUACGUGAAAACUGUUUGGCUGCUACUAUCUCUAAACUGGGUGGUGAUUCGUUAGUAACUAACACCUUGCAGAGAACGUUAUCGGCUCGAAUGCGACGGAGAGAGAGGGAAAAAUCUCCAGAACAGUUUUGUCGAAUGGUGCGAACGUUACCUCCGUUGGGAGAAGGCUCCCUAAAACCUUCUUUACGUGCUGCCAGCAACACUGUCCCACUCGGUUUACCAACAACAAACCAUCCUGAUGUAACGGAAGUGAAUACAAAUAAAGCUGUUGACUCUACUGUGGACUGUAAAACAGAGGAUCGGAAGCAGGAAAAAGAUAAACCUGACGAAAGUACCACGGAGGAAGAUUCAGAUAAGGAAAGUGAUGACAGAAACCUUGGAAACACAACUGAUGUUCUAAAUAUGACACAUAUGAUGAGGCUGAAUCCCAGUGACCAGUCCUUAAAAUUAUCACCAGUUCAAAAACAAAAGGGUCAAAAAACUUCUGAAGAUGAAGAGACUGAUGAUGAUGAUGAUGAAGAAGAAAUAACAGACAAAGAAGAGGAGGAGGAAGGGGAAGAGGAGGGAAGUAGCAAGGAUGAUGGGAAAGUGCAUGAAAAGGAGGAACAUGACAGUAAAACACCUGAGGGAGAAAGGAGCAAUAACACCACUGCAGAAACUACAGAGGAAGAGAAGACCACCCAAGAAGAGAAAAUACUUCAGCAAGAGAGAGAAAAUACCCCCGACACUCAUCCUGAGAACAAUUCUUCAGGGGCAAUUUUGGAAAGUGGUGAUGAUAGAAUAUCUGGAGGAAUACUUGGAAGGACUAAAAAGUUUUCUCUGUUUAAGCGAAAGUCGUUGACAAGUCAGAAAAAUGUACAUAACACCAAUGAAGGUAAAUCUGAAAAGCCACUCCAAAGUGAAAAGGAUAAAGGAAAGGAAGCAGGUUUAUCUGGCGAUGACAGGAAAGACGAAAACCAAAAUCACACGAGAGAGAAUCCUAAGGAAACCACAACUAACCAGGGCAGAAAGACCAAGUCUUCUACUUGUGUAAUACUGUAAUGCUGUCAGAAUAUAUAUUUGACAGGCUGCAAGCACAUGUUGCAAUUUAUACUUGAAAACAAUUAUGACUUCUUAUUAUUACUGAUGACAGAUUUUAAAAAAAUAAUUAAGUUGUUUGCCUUGGUUUUGGACUUGAAGACCAUGGUUUGGGUAUUUAUUUCUUUUGAUAAUUUUAGUAAUUGAAACUGAUGAGCUUAUCAGAAUGUUACUGAAGUGUUGUGGCCUUAACUGUUCAGUGUUGUAAUAAAAAUAUAUUUUUGUAUGUGAAAAGUUGGAUUCAGGCAUUUUAAUAAUUUUUGCUAAAUGUAUCCUAUGCUUCAAUCUACAUGGUACUACUUACAGUCUGAUAUGGUGCAAAGCUGUAAAUAGCUACUGUAGUGUAUUGUUUGGUUCAGCAAAAUAGCUAGGAAUAUUUAGAAAUGAACAUUAAGAAGGGUAUUGAGCCAUUUAGAAAUCAUCUGUCUUGUUCCAUUUUGAAGUAGAAAAAUAGCAACAAAACUCAAAAGUAUUUAAAAAUAUAGGCUCUGAUUCAGCAAGGUACUGUAAGCAUGUGUCUAGCUCUAUGAAUAUGUACAGUUCCAGUGAAGUUAAUGAGAUGCCUAACUGCAAGUAAUGUGUAAUGUGCUUAUGUACUAGGCCAAAUCGGAGCCUGCAGAAACACCACUCAUUUUUGAGAGAUGCUGAGUGCCUUCAACUCUUGUUGAAAUCAGUGAGAGUUGUUGAGGGAAAUGCCAACAGCAGGGCAGAAUGAAAUCAGUUGUCAAUAUUCCCAUUUUAUCAUUUCACUGGGAGUCUAUUCCUGCAUCCUUGAGCACCCAAAUCUUCACUGUACUUUAGUGGAGGUUUUGUUAACAUACAAGCUACAGCAUCUGAGACUCUUAAUUAUGAUCACAUAUGGUGGACAUCUUGAAGUAAGCAAGACUUUAUAUUUAGUAAAAUAAAUAAAUUGAUCAUAUAGACAAGGUUACUAAGAUAUUCAUCCUUACAGAUCACCUGACGCCUUGUGGGAAAACUUUGAAAAGCAUUCUGUAGUAUUAAGAAAUCAUUUGAGUUUAUGUGUAAUUUUCUGUAUUUUUCUUCCUUUUCAUUUUAUGAAGGACAUUUGCAAGAAAACAUUUUCAUCAUUAACAGUUCAUGUGUUGCAGCUGCCUGCUUUCCACCAGGAGUUAAUAUCCUCUGUUUGGGACAUCUGAAUGAAUUCCUAUGGGAAAUAUUGAUGUUGCAAACAGAUCAUUAUAGGCUAAAUCCCUCUUGUUUUUUCAGGCAAGUACUUUCAGUGGCUCUGCUCUAAGGGAGGAGAAGGGAUUUGGCUCUCUCUCAGGUGGGGAUUAUGCAGAAGGAGCAAGUGAAUGCUUCAGCCAAUUUCCAGACCCAUGAGUGGGAUGCAAAUGUUUUUCUUUCAGAAUUUGUCAUUUUUAUUUGUUGUUUACAUUUCUUAUAUGUAACACACAGUUCUAAUUACCAAAUUCAUAAAAAGACAAGAUUCCUUAAAAUUCAGCUGCAAAUAAAUGAUAAGGAUGUAGUUUAUUAAUAAAUGUUAAAACACAUCCUGUCCUGUGAUUAAUCUGAUCCCAUGAUUGUGUUUUCGUGUUCAAAAGUUGUUAGUUAUUAAACAAAGAUAAACAUGUAAAGUACAACAUAUAAUAUAAAACCAGAAUUGUAGCCAAAUUGAAUCCUUUUCAAAAUAUUUCAUAAGAGACGAGCUGAUCUUUAAAAAACAACUAGGAAAAAGUUAUUUAAUUUCACUGACUUAUGCACACUUUUGAAUCUGCCUUUGGCCCAAUGUCACCUCUGAUUUAUCUAUUUUUCCUAGUUUCAGGGCUGCUUAGGGUUUAUAUAACCCUGUCAUAAGUAACUAGGGCUGUUCUUAACCUAGAAAUUGGUCCAACUGAAUGCUUCGUCCGUAUAAGUAUGGCAAAUACCCAAAUACUUUAAUGGAGCCUCCUCUGGACUGCAGUAAGUAGCAUCAUAUUAAAAGCCAUCUUUUUCCAGAGUUAAUUAAGAUCCUGACCUUUUGUUCUGCUAUUUUUCCAUAUGACAGCUUUGAGUUCUACAGAUGUACAUUAAAUAUGUUAUUUUCUUUCUAGCAAAAUACAUGGUAUUUACUGUUUUCCUCUUUUUCUCAUUGGACAUUUGACUUCUGUUCUGCUUGGAUGCUAGUCUGAACAGGAAAAAAUCUUGGAAGAGGAGUGAUAAACUAAAUGGUUUCCUUCAGUGAGUUGAAAUUAGUUUUACAUUUUUAAAGGGGGCUGGAACUGAUCCCAAAGGAAGGUACCCUAAGGGCUAUUUCUUUUUUUUAAAGUGUGAGUUCAGUUAGUGAAGAGUAAUUCUCUUAAAUAUGAUGUUACUCUAGAAGAGGAUGUUUGCUUAAAGCUACUGAGACAGCAAAACACACUUGGAAGCACAUUUUAUUGUGAUCCAAUUACUUUGUAUAGCAUAUUUUUUCUGUUCCUUUUUGCCCUUCCAAGUAAGUUACAUGAAAAUGGGAUGUUUGCUGCCACAAAAAUCAAGACUCUAACAGGCAGUGUGCACUGAUUAAAAAUAAAUGAUUUUUCAUCUUUGAUAAUACCACAUAUUGUAUAGUUUACUGCACAAUAAAAAGGCUAUUGUUCAUUAAAAGGUAUUUUGUCAGCUAAAUACUUGCAGAAGGUUCCAUCAUAUAAAUGAUUUGGAGCACUGCUUUUGUUUUUUACCAUUUACCCUUAUUUUCCAAAGCUAAGUAUUUCAGCAUAAAUCACUAUUCCUGGAUUACAUGGUCCUGGUUCAUGCCAGUGGGAUGGCUCUUUAAACUUCAUUUUUUUCUAAAACUUGCCAUGGAAGUUGUGUGCUCCGCAAGUAUAACUAUAGCAUCUCAGUCUUUACAGCCAACUCUUUUCCUCCCUUUGGCCCCGACCAGCAGUUAAGUUGCUCACUCUUAAUCAAUACUGUACCUGCUGCUUUAAAUAGAUUUUUAGAGCUUUUUAUCCUUUCAAGAAAAUGGCUGAGUGCAGCUAUCUUUCACUCUUUGCUUUAAGAUGCUCUGCACUAGUUCUUUUAUAUAAAAUACUUUUUUAAAAGAUGGCUUAGCUUAUAGAGAGAGAUAGUAAAUCAGCAUUGAUGUGAAAAAGCACAGGAUCUGGCCCUACAUCUACCACACAUCAAGGGCUUUAAAAAAUCCCGCAUGAGCUCAAUACAGUCCACACAAUAAUGUUGGUGAUAUAAUAGCAAAACUCCCAUUGACUUUGUUGGUGUAGGAUCAGGGCAGUGGGGCAUGAACACACAUUUCUGAUUGUUUUUCAUACUGCCAAAGAACAUAGUGCUAUACCGAGUGGUAAUUUUUAUUACUUUUUUCCCAGAUAGCUUAUAUACAUAUAUUGUAUCCAUCCCUUAUCUCUGAUUACCCAGGUGAAGUCAAUGGAGUUGAUGUAAAUCAGAUCACAUUUUGGCAUGUUUAUCGUGUACGUGAGCCUAUCUUCUAAGGCUGUGGGUAACAUAAAAGUGAGUUCAGGUAGAAUUUAAGCCUGAGUAUGACAUUAAAAUGGUUCAGCUAAUCACAAUUUGGUUUUUGACAAAUGAUGUCCAAAAAACAUUAAUGUAGUUAUAGUUUUAGUGUAGUUAUCAGAAACACACGUACAAAAAUGCUUGGAAUUUGACAUGUUCUAUUAUAUUUCUUUUACAAACAUCUCUGCGUCGCUUCAGUUGCCCAAAGUUGAACAAAUAUAUCCAGACUUGCAUUCUCAAGAUAUAUGUUGAUAAUAUUGCCCAAAGCAAAUUCCAUUGCCUCCUUUUUUUUACUAAAGGAAAAAAACCCUUCUUAUUUCAGUUUUUAAUGCUUAUGAAAAAGUGUGUUGAUAGCUGCAUUAUGGCUUUGUCUAGGGCUAUCUGCUUCUUCUUCAACUGAUGGAGUAAUUGCAGUUUAGUCCUGACCUAUAACACCCUUACUUUUCUAGCUGUGGAAUCUCCUGAACACAACCCUGCCAUAAGUAUCAAGUUAUGAAGUUAGCAAAUAUGUUUUAACUGAUUGGCAGAUUUUAAGGUUAAGUUUUAAUAGACAAUACAGAAUAUUUUCAAUCAGUUUGCAUAUGGAAAAAUGGAUAAGUUACUAAGGUAAUAGAUUUAGAAAGCUUUAUCAUAAAUGUAUUGAACACAGAGGUCUGUAUCUUUUUUAAAUCCCUAUAAAAUUUACUUAAGUAAGUUAGAACUUUCACAGAUACAACCAAUGAAACUCAGUUAUGGAGGGAUGCAUCUGCCUCUAUAUUCUAAAUGAGAAACCAGCUUCCCACCAUAAGCCUCCUUUUUCUGUCCCACAGAAA